AUGUCCGGACAUUUGAAUAUUAUUAUUCAAUCACCUGCGUUAGAAUGCGGUUCUUUAAAACAAUUUUCUCCUUCAACAUUGAUGGUCGAAUUAAAAGUAAAUUAAAAAAUAUUUUUUGAGUCUUUUUAAGUUUAUUAAAAUUAGAUUUUUAUUUUUUUAUUCUGUUCGCUUUUUUAAUUAUAAAAUAUUUAGCGUAAAGUUGAGCUUGUUGUUGGGAUUUAUAAAGAUGACAUGAUUUUGACUUUACUGACCCCUGAAGGGAGGUUUAUUAAAGAUAUUACUCAUACUACGGAAACGCUGGAACAACUUGGAGUAAGGAACGAUUGGAUUAUCAAAGUGACUAGUAAGAGUGGAAAAGUUCUAGACUUUGAAGAGUCCGAUAAAUAUGUUAUUCCUGAAGAGACUUAUUCAAAACGUGAAGGUAUUUUUUGUGUUUAUUUUUUGUUUUAGGGUAUAAUAAAUUACAUAAAAUCAACAAUCAAAAUUUUUAUGUUAUAUAUGAUAAUGUUAACAUUUUUGUUACAUAUACAUUUUUAAACUUGUUUUCAGAUAACGCCCGCGAAUUCCUUGCCAAAGUUAAAAGCAAACCACAAUGCCAUAUCAAUGUUGGGAGUCGAGUUGUCGUUAAAGUAAAGGACAAAGAAGAUAGAGUAGGGACUGUUCGCUUUAUUGGAGAGGUCCAUUUUAAAGCAGGCGAGGUAAUGGUUGGUGUUGAACUAGACGACGCCACUGGAAAAAAUAAUGGAGAAGUAGAUGGUCAAAGGUAAAAAAUUUUUUUUCUUGAAGUUUAGGUAUUAAUGGAUGAUAGUAUACGUGAUAGUUCGAAUUUAAGAAAAUUUUUUAAACGUUUUAUCGGAAGUUACAUACAUAUUAAGUGCAAUUUUUACUAAUUAAAGCGACAUUUAUAAGCAUAUGAUUAAUUGCAAUACAAAAUAUCAAAAAUAAAUUUUAGGUAUUUUGAGUGUUCUACGAACCAUGGUGUAUUUGUCACAAGCCGCUCAGUUUCUCCACUUUCCACUUUUUCACCAUCCGAAGCAUGUCAGGAUGUUGACGUUCCAAUGGAAUUAUGA